GAAAUUGUAGAAAAAAAAAAAACAAAAUCCAACGAAUGAAUCAUAAAAACCAGUUAAUUAUCCCGUCCGGCUCUGGGUCAUUUUGAUUGAUGCAGGCAAUGUUGUAAUAUUUAAUUACAAAAUUAUAAAAACAAAAAACAACGAAGACGAAACAUAACAAAUCGCCGGUUACCAUAACCAAACCACUGAUCGAACCAUCGUCACCUAACUAACCAUCCAACCCAUACACAACACCAAUCGAUAGAUGCGUGCCUUACCAAGUGAUUGACCUUAAAAAGAGCAACGUAACAACGUGUAUGUGUGUGUCUAAUCGUCCAUAAAACGUAAUUGUGUGUGAGCAAACGUCGGAUCACCUCCAAAUUGGAAGCUGUAAUUUCAUAGAAAAGAAAUUUUGCCAUCGAAAGAGAAAAUCCCGCUGUGGUUUCCAACGCCAACGAGCUUCAAAACCAUUUUGUGAUUGCAUCUCCAACAGCUGCUGCUGCUACAACAUCUGUUGCAUUUCAAAAUGACUUCAAGUGAAAAUAAAGUUGAAGAGCACGGACAACAACCUCCGCCACCACAAUUGAAUGGCAAUGGUAGCGAUAACAGCAAAUCAUCGCCGGUUGUUAUCGACAUUGAUGUGAAGCGAAACGGUGUUGCCGACAAUGACAACAAAACCCUAGUUAACAGCGAUCGUGGCUCUUCAGUCUUUCUGCGCGUUGUGAGCUGUGUGGUUGGUGUCGGCAUUUUAACCGCGAUUGUUACGCUUAUCUGGUACUACAUGGGUUGGACAUUCGGAUUACCUGCCCUCCUCGUCGCUUUGUUGGUGAUAUUGCUCACCAAACCGGGCUGGCGAUGGUUUUACAUAGCCGGUGCAACAGCUAAACGAGAUAUUACUGCCCUCUAUGCUUAUAUCAAGCUAUUGCAUCUCAUCAAGAAAUAUGAAAAGAAAAAUAUGACAAUUGCCGAUAUAUUCCAUACGAAUGUAUCGAAAAAUCCCGACAAAAUUGUAAUUCUCAGCGAAACUCAAUCAUGGACAUUCCGUCAAUUAAAUGAAUAUUCGAAUCGCAUUGCCAAUGUUUUCCAUAGCCAUGGCUAUAAGAAGGGUGAUGUUGUUGCUUUGCUAAUGGAAAAUCGAGCUGAAUUUGUUGGUACCUGGUUGGGUCUGUCGAAAAUUGGUGUUAUUACCCCUCUGAUCAAUACAAAUCUUCGAGGACCAUCUCUAGUGCAUAGCAUAACAGUGGCGAAAUGUUCAGCCCUUAUCUAUGGUGAAAGUUUUACCGAAGCUGUUGAAUUCAUUUUGAAAGAUUUACCGUCAAAUGUGGCUUUGUACCAGUACAACAAUGAAGCCCGGACACCAGUAAGUGGUAAUGCCAAAGAUUUGACCACUUUAUUGGAAACGGCAUGUAAGGAUAAAAUACCCGCCUCCGCCGAACGUCCAUCCCAUCAUGACAAAUUGGUAUAUAUCUAUACAUCUGGCACUACAGGUUUACCCAAAGCUGCUGUUAUCUCUCACUCACGCUAUUUGUUCAUCGCCGCCGGUAUCCACUUCACAUUGCGUUUCCAAGAGAAGGAUAUUUUCUAUACCCCAUUACCUUUGUAUCACACCGCUGGCGGUAUUAUGAGCAUGGGUCAAGGUCUACUGUUUGGUUCCACUGUCUCCAUUCGUAAGAAGUUUUCGGCUUCCGGAUACUUUGCUGAUUGUGUCAAAUUUAACGCUACCGUUGCUCAUUAUAUUGGUGAAAUGGCUCGUUACAUCCUGGCAACUCCACCAUCAGAGAACGAUCGCAAACAUCGUGUUCGUCUUGUCUUCGGCAAUGGCUUACGUCCCCAGAUUUGGCCACAAUUUGUUGAACGUUUCGGCAUCAAACAAGUUGGUGAAUUCUAUGGUGCCACCGAAGGCAAUGCUAAUAUCAUGAAUCACGAUAAUACGGUGGGCGCUAUCGGCUUCGUUUCACGUAUUCUGCCACAGGUUUAUCCAAUUUCCAUUAUUCGCGCUGAUCCAGACACAGGUGAACCCAUACGCGGUCCUGAUGGCCUUUGCCAGUUGUGCAAACCCAAUGAACCGGGUGUAUUCAUUGGUAAAAUUAUUAAAGGCAAUCCAUCGAGAGAGUUCUUGGGUUAUGUCGAUGAAAAGGCAUCUGCUAAGAAAGUUGUGUGUGAUGUUUUCAAAAAGGGAGAUAUGGCUUUCAUUUCCGGCGAUUUACUGAUGGCCGACGAGAAGGGUUACCUGUACUUUAAGGAUCGUACUGGCGAUACAUUCCGUUGGAAGGGUGAAAACGUCUCCACCAGUGAAGUUGAAGCUCAAGUCAGCAAUGUGGCCGGCUACAAGGAUACUGUCGUCUAUGGUGUAACCAUACCCAAUACAGAAGGUCGUGCCGGUAUGGCUGCCAUUUACGAUCCCGAACGUCAAGUCGAUUUAGACAAAUUUUCAGAGAAUUUGGCUAAAGUCUUGCCUGCCUAUGCCCGGCCAUUGUUUUUGCGUUUCCUGACCAAGGUCGAUUUGACAGGCACAUUCAAAUUGCGCAAAGUCGACCUGCAAAAGGAAGGCUACGAUCCCAGUGUCAUCAGUGAUGCCAUGUACUAUCAAACGCCCAAAGGCAAAUACGAGCCACUAACCAAAGAAAUCUAUGACAAGAUCUUGAACCACGAAAUGAGAUUCUAGAUAUAUUCCAAUUGCACCGAGCCGGUCGAUCAUCGUCGUAGACUGUAAUUGCCUGGAGAAAACUAAUCUAAAACAAAAAAAUGUAUUUUGUUUUGUUGUUAUUUAAUUGUUAGACGAAUUUGUUAGCCGUUGAAGAGUGCGCAACAUGUUGUUGGCCGCCUAAUUCCUUUUGUUAAUUUAGAACGGAAAUGGAAUAAAUACUGUCAAAUAUUUAUGUUAGUGAUCUAAACUGUGUGGGGAAGAGACUAUUAUAAAUGUAGUUUUACGAUUUUUUUUAUUAUUUACAAUGUAAACUAAUUAUAUUAGUUAUUCGUAUCAAUUAAGUUAAGCAUUUAUUUUGUUAACGUCCGCUGUUGUUAACAAAACAGAAGUGUAUAUUAUAUUCUAUGAUAUUUUUUUUUUUUGUUUUGCUUUAAUUUUUAUUUCUUUAUUUCAAUUGUGAUUAUUUGAAAAAGUGCUAAAAUUUCGUAAAUCCUUUUUAAGUUCGCAAUAUAUCUUGUUAUUGCCUUUUUAUGACACAAAAACAUGUACAGUUUUGGCUAAAAUAUAUUCAAUCGAUAAAAAUAAAAAACUUUGUAUUUUACAGUCUUUUUUUACAAAUAUAUUCGCAAAAUAUGAGAAAUCUGCUGAUCAUAAAGAUCAAAUAAAUUUUACUUCAUUAAAAUUA